CAUCAAUAGAAACAUUUGUUUGUAAAAGCAAGCCCUGUUCUCACUUUUAGAACAGAAAGAAAAAGUCAGCGUAACGAUAUAGACGCAGUGACAUUCGGAGCUCAUUUACUUUACUUCUAAAAUGUCGGAAUUAGAUGAGGUUUUUCGAGCGUUCACUAAGCUUGCAGGUGCAAAGACUCCUGAAGAUGAAAAACAAAUGAAUUCUAAAGCUUGUGCAAAAAUGGUGAAAGACUGUCUACCAAAAGAAGUUGUAACAAUUGCAGAUGCCUCUAUAUUCCCAAAAUACAAAGAGAAAGGUAAACAGUUCCUCCUUAUAAAUAACUUCCACCUAUUUAUACGUGGUUGUGCACAUGAAUAUGCCAAGAACAAGUCAAAAAAUCCCAAACUGCCAGAAGGGGACCCGCAGGUGGACAAAUAUUACGAAGACUUUGUCGAAAUGCUAAAAAAAGGGAGACCAAACGUCAAAGAAGUAAAAAUAUCAAAAACUGGCAAUGUCGCCGGUCUUACGGAUGUGGCUGGUUACACUGGAACACACAAAGAGCGUUUUGAUGAGGAAGGCAAAGGCAAGGGAAUGACUGGCCGAAAAGAGAUGGUAGACAACAGUGGUUACGUGGGUGCCUAUAAAGGCGAAGGGACGUAUGAUAAAGUAAAAGCAUGAUUGCGUCGUAGAGUUGACGGCGAUCAACAUAAUCAAUGAUCAUAGAAAAUGUUUUUCUUGCGUCUAAAUCGCUGACAUUUUAAUAUUUUCCGUAAGUUGAUGCAUCUAUCAAGGAAAUUAUAGAAAAAUACAAGCUAGAAGGCUAUGUUUCUAA